CUGGGGUGGCAACUGGAUGCAUCAGAACGCAAAGAUGGCUUCGAACAGUAAGAGCAUCCCGGCCAGUCAGCAGGCUCAGUUUGUUGGAAUCAUCCCCGAGUACGAUGGGGACUGUGAUGAUUGGAGCGUUUACCAGGAGAUUCUGGAGGAGUACUUCAAGGCCAAUGGAGUGCCGGACGCCAAUAAGGUUUCGGUGUUGAUCAGCGUGAUUGGACCCGACACGUAUCGAUUGCUGCGAGAUCUAUGUCACCCGGAUUCACCAAAGAACAAAACCUAUGUGGAACUGUGCGAGAUGUUGGCGAAGCAAUUUCUUCCGGAGAUUGCCAUUUUCCGCGAGAGGGCCAAGUUCUACCGGGCUGAGCAGCAACGUGGUGAGGAUGUCAAGACGUGGUACGCCAGGCUGAAGAACUAUUCGGUGAACUGCAAGUUUGGAGAGCAUUUGGAACAUUUGCUUCUGGACAAGUUCGUAGUCGGUUUGGCACCGGGACCGAUUCAGGAUCGCCUGUGUGAGGAGAGCGAAAAGUUGACCUUGAAGGAAGCAUUGGAUUUGGCAGCCAAUAGAGAAUCUGCCGUUCAGGACGAAGAAAUGGUGGACGAUAUGGCUGAAAUGAACUUGGAUGAACAUCGUCGCAGAGGUUGGAAACAUGGCGGUCGUCAUCGUCAUCGAGGAAGACACCAUGGACACGACCAUUUUGGCCAUGGGCAUCCAGGUGGUCCAGGGCAUCACGGUUGUCAUGGACCGCAUCAUGCUCGUGAAAUGGAGUUUGGAUUUGGUCCUCGUGGACCACACGGCCCACAUGGACCACAUGGACAUGGCCCCAGUGUUUGGGGACGUCACCCGAUGGGACCGAUGAUGAUGGGACGUUUCGGUCCCGGACCAAGAGGAUUCCACGGCUUCGAAGGCAUGGUGCCUUGGCGUCGUCACGAGAUGAAACAUUGGGCCAAGUUCUGUCGCAAGAUGCAAGCUCGGAAGGCUAAGGCAAGUUCAAGCUCGAGCAGCUCGAGUAGCAGCAGUAGCAGCAGUUCCGACAGUGAAAGUGACAACGAAGAGAAGAAGUGCAGAGGUCGACGAUCGCACGGAGGACACAAGAAGCACCGGCAUGGAAAGUUCGGUCAUCAUGAAGCCGGAAAGUGUCCAAGAGGCAAGCGACGUGGAAUGGACGAAAAGAGACAGAAAGAGGUGGAUGCGGUUGUGGCCGAAAACACCGAACCGGAGCUGAUUGAGUAAAUGAUGAGAUCUGAGCAGUUAUAUGUCAACUUAAUAUUUUAAUCGCUAAUAGGUUAAGGACAAACAUAAAAAAUAUAAAAAAUGUUAGAUGAAAGUAUACGAAAAAAAAAUACAAAUAUGUUGAAAAAAUUCAAUAAAAACUUAUAAAACGAUUGAAAAUGU